AUGUCGUGGGACCUGCUCAAGCGAUUCCUUGAGUCCGACGUCUUCAACUCGAACCCCUUUCUCUCCGUCUCCUAUCUAUCUCGUUACGCCGACCAUGUGGGCAUCCACUACGUUCUCUGCAAUAAGCUGCGACAAUUCCCCUACGAGGACAUUGAGUUCUUCCUGCCGCAGCUAUGCCACCUUAUAAUUAGCGUCGACAAUGAGUCCAUGGCCCUGGAGGAAUUCCUCCUCGACCUGUGCGAGGAGUCUGUGACUGCCGCCCUGCUGACCUUCUGGCUUUUCCAAACAUACCUACACGACCUGUCGUCCAACCCGCAAUCCAAGUCCUUCCAGACGUGUCGAAGGGUGUACAACAAGGUGCAGCACAUAGUCUUUGGCUUGCCAGACUCCGCGCGACAUGAAAAAAUCAAGGAAAACGUACUGCCCGUCACGGUGCUCGCGAGCUUCGUCCUGGCCAGCGUUGCGGUUCCUCUCGUCCCGCAUUGGGCGGGGCCGCUCGCCGUUGCACAGGCCAGGAAGCCUCAACCGUCCGAAGAUCUGAUAUCCAACUCUCAAGACAAUAAUCCCAAGGUGACGCGAUCGCAAACGGUUACCGCUGCUAGCAGCACGAGGACCAGGCGUAUAAAAGAUGGCGGGCGCAUGACGAGCGCGCCCGACCUAGUGAUUACGAAUCUGCCUCACCGGGCGACGGAACCAUCUCCCCCGCGGCAGGGGUCGUCGGGUUCGAGGACGCCGGUCGAGGCUAAGCGGUUGCCGUCACAUAUCGAGAUGAAGAACGCGGAUGCACGACUUAGUUCCUCGUCACUGCCCCUUCCCGAGCUGCGAUCGCCGAGGUUGGCCAUCACUCGACCUGCGACUCCGGUGUCGGCGGGACUUCCUCCACGGCCGAAUGACGCUCUCAACAGGAGACAUUCUCACCACUUCAAGAGUGGCGCGAGCGGUGUUGAACUGACACCACUGCAGAAGACAAGACUGUUGCGACAACACUAUUUUAGGUGCGAAACGCAAUUCCUGACCGCGCUCGAGGGGAUAUCCAACCGGUUGGUUAUCGUGCCGAAGCCCGCCCGUCUCAGUGCUCUCCGCGCGGAGCUGGCUCUCAUUGCCCAAGACCUUCCUGCUGAAGUCGAUGUCCCGGUCAUCUGCCCCCCGACGCUCGUUGAUGGCUCCCCAGCGAAGAGCAGGCACCACCGCAUCGUGCGCUUGAACCCGGCUGAAUCGACGGUUCUGAACAGUGCAGAGAAAGUACCGUAUCUUCUCAUGGUUGAGGUUCUGAGGGAUGACUUUUCGUUCGACCCGGAGACGCCGGACAAUAAGAGACUGCUGUCGACGCUCCUGACGGAACAAGGGACGAACCGACGAAUCUUUGACCUGUCAGACUCACCUCGCAUACCCAUCGUGCCUAGAACACCGGAGCCUGUCAUUGACAGCGUGUUUGAGCCCGUGUCGGGUGACCUGGGAAGCUCGCCAAUGCUGAAGCCUUUUGACGAGGAUGCUUCGCAAAAGUUCCAGGGCAAGCAGGUUCCUCCUGCGCCACAACGCCUCCCUAGCACCAGCAACACGACGAUGUCAAGCACGAUUUCGGACAACAUGACAACUCCGCGCAGCUCCGGUGCCUCAACUUCGAGAUCAAGUAGUCCCCCGGGUCCUGUUCGCAAGAUGACGUUGUCCGGUCGCGGUAAUCCUGCGGUUGAACAGCCCGACUUCUCCGCGCUCGCGACGCACAUGCGCACUGCUUCACAGAUGCUGGCCCAGCUUGAGGCUACGAGCGGCAAGCGGCCUAAGCAUGAAGUGCAGGCUAUCAGAGCGAAGAUUAUCGCAAGCAUGCAGAGUCUAGAGGAACAGAGCUUCGACAUGGAUGAACAAGGGCCAACGUUUGACACGAUCAUGGCCAAGGCUUCCACCGCGCAAGCUGCCGCUGCGGUGCAAGCGGCGGCCGAGCCUGAGGUAGAGAGCGAAUCACCCAUUGAGCCGGGGGUAAAUGCCGGUGCUGGACUCGCCAGAAUGGAAAACGACAUCAAGACCGGAGGUAUUCAGAACAAGGGCGACCGUGACGAUCCAAGCGCGGCUGUGUUCGGUGAAGCAUGGCAAGCGAAGAAGGAGCGUGUCCGCAAAACGUCGCCGUACGGGUGGAUGAAGAACUGGGAUCUGGUCAGCGUCAUUGUCAAGACGGGUGCCGACUUGCGCCAGGAAGCGUUCGCGUGUCAGCUCAUUGACGUUUGCCACAAGAUCUGGGUGGAUGCCAAGGUCAACGUUUGGGUGAAACUGAUGCGCAUUCUCGUCACGGGAGAGUCGUCGGGCUUGAUUGAGACGAUCACCAACGGUGUAUCGUUGCAUUCCAUCAAGCGAAGUUUGACAUUGUCGAUGGAGGCGGGACCGGGCCAGAAACGUCGCUUCGCGACUCUCAGGGACCACUUCCUCAAAGCCUUUGGUGCCGCAGACAGCGAACCGUUUAAAGCCGGUGUUGAUGCCUUCAAACGCUCAUUGGCCGCGUACAGUAUGAUUUCAUACAUCUUGCAACUGAAAGAUAGACACAACGGUAAUGUCUUGAUCGACAGCGAGGGACACAUUGUGCACAUCGAUUUCGGUUUCAUGUUGUCCAACUCGCCGGGGUCUGUUGGCUUUGAAGCGGCGCCUUUCAAGUUGACGCAAGAGUACAUCGAGGUGCUGGGUGGCAUCGGAUCUGAUGAUUAUGAGGACUACAAGAAGCUCUGCAAGCAGGCUUUCCAGGCUCUGCGGCGGUCUGCGGACAAUAUCAUCGAUCUGGUGGCCAUGAUGGGACGGGACUCAAAGAUGCCAUGUUACUCUGCCGGCGUAGCCCAAGCCACGCAUAACCUUCGCCAGCGGUUCCAGCUGCAGCUCAGUGCGGACGAGGCGGAGCAAUUCGUCGAGACUGACUUGAUCGGCAAGUCCCUCGGCAGCUACUACACGCGGCUCUACGAUACCUUCCAGUAUAGAACGCAGGGCAUCUACUAG